AUGGUUCAGAUCAGUGAAGUCAAGGGCAACAAGCGCGACAAUCGCACGGCAGCCCAUACACAUAUCAAGGGCCUUGGCCUCAAGUCAGAUGGACGGGCCGAGUCGCAAGCCAGCGGGUUCAUUGGCCAAAUACAGGCUCGAGAGGCCUGCGGUGUCGUUGUCGAUCUAAUUCGAGCUCACAAGAUGGCCGGACGCGGAGUUCUUCUUGCAGGCGGCCCCGGCACUGGAAAGACAGCGCUGGCGCUGGCCAUUAGCCAAGAACUGGGUACCAAGAUCCCGUUCUGCCCCAUCGUCGGCAGCGAAGUCUACUCGACGGAAGUGAAGAAGACGGAGAUGCUCAUGGAGAAUUUUCGCAGAGCCAUUGGUCUCAAGGUCCGCGAGACGAAGGAAGUUUACGAAGGCGAAGUCACAGAGCUCACCCCCGAGGAGGCGGAGAACCCGCUCGGUGGCUACGGCAAGACGAUUAGCACGCUACUGAUCGGCCUCAAGAGUGCCAAGGGACAAAAGAAGCUGCGUCUAGACCCCAGCAUCUACGAGGCUAUCCAAAAAGAGCGCGUCACCGUCGGAGACGUCAUCUACAUCGAAGCCAAUACGGGAGCCUGCAAGCGCGUCGGCAGAUCUGAUGCUUAUGCGACCGAAUUCGACCUGGAAGCCGAGGAAUACGUGCCUCUUCCCAAAGGCGAAGUGCACAAGAAGAAGGAAAUUGUCCAGGACGUGACGCUGCACGACCUCGACGUCGCCAAUGCCAGACCGCAAGGCGGGCAAGACAUUAUGAGCAUGAUGGGGCAGUUGAUGAAGCCAAAGAUGACGGAGAUCACCGAGAAGUUGCGCAUGGAAAUCAACAAGGUGGUCAGCAAAUACAUUGACCAGGGGGUUGCUGAACUCGUCCCCGGAGUUCUGUUUAUUGACGAGGCGCAUAUGCUCGACGUGGAAUGCUUCACCUAUCUGAACCGGGCCCUGGAAUCGCCAAUUGCGCCCAUCGUGGUUCUAGCGUCGAACCGCGGAAUGUGCAAGAUCCGAGGCACCGACGAUAUUGUCGCGGCACACGGCAUUCCUAGCGACUUCUUAGCUCGCCUGCUGAUCAUCCCCACGGCACCCUACGAGGCUGAUGAGAUUAAGCGUAUUGCCAAGCUACGCGCCACCACCGAGGCCGUUGCCAUUACCGAUGCAGCCAUCGACAAGAUUGCGGAUCACGGUGUGCGCACCAGUCUGAGAUAUUGCCUGCAACUCCUGACCCCUGCCAGCAUUCUUGCAAAGGCCAACGGUCGCUCCCAGAUUGACGUCCAAGACGUGGCAGAGUGCGAGGAUCUGUUCCUUGACGCCCGUCGCAGUGCCACGCUGCUUGGCAGUGAAGCAGGCCGGGGCUACCUGUCUUGA